AACUACUCCAGUGGUCAUGAAUGGAAAAAAGAACCGUUUCAAACCAGAAAAAAGCCAGGAUAUCUCAGUUCUGACUACAUGAGAUAAUUCUCUUCUCACCCUGUUAACAACACCUCGUCUCCUCUGCUCGGACUGUCGCAAACCUAACACCAUGCUGCUUCGGACUGUGGUCCUGCUCCUCCUCUGCAUGUCCUCGGGCAUGUGUGCCACUUUAGGCCACUAUCAGACUCCGGCACAGGAGGAAGAGGCUGCUGCUGUGGACCCACAAAUUACUGAUGGUGUUGUAGCAGCUGCCUCUGAGCAAGAAGUUGUAGCUGCUGCAGAUGCUAAAGUAGGUGAUUCACCUGAAACUAAGGAAGCUAAAAUACCUGCAGUGGAUAACCCAGCAGCUGACAAACCUGAAGUGGAUGUCCCUGUCGCAGAUGAUACUACAGCUAAAGAGCCAGAGAAAGACAGUGAUAGGCCAGCUGGAGAUACCCCUGCUAUGGAAGCCCCCGUCCAGCAGCAACCAUCUGAGGAGGAGUUGAAUGAGAUCAGGCCAGUCCAGACCGACCAGUCCCUGAACAGACCCUUGGCACACGAAGAUAGUAACAGUUGGGGUAUGAACUCAAUUAGAAAUGGUUUCCAGAGUGUGCACGGAUACUUUGACUCUUUGGUGGAGCUGGUGGGGGGACGCAAUGGUGUCUGUGAGUACCGCUGCAGAUAUGGAAAACUUCCUCAACCUCGUCCUGGCUACCAGCUUCCAGAGCCCAAUGGCUGCAGCACCUCUCUGGUGGGAUUCCAGGUGAAUGCCGCUUUUGACUUGGGGAUCCCUGCUAUGACAAAGUGCUGUAACGAGCUUGAUGUGUGCUAUGACACUUGUGGCACAAGCAAGAACAACUGUGACUCCAGGUUACGCUCAUGUCUGCAUGGCAUCUGCUCUGACCUUAAGAAGAGUCUGGGCUUUGUGUCGAAGGUACAAGCCUGUGAGUCGAUGGCAGAUGCAGUAUACAACACCGUGGGGACUCUUGGUUGUAGACCUUACAUGAACAGCCAGAGGGCAGCGUGUGUCUGUGAGGAAGAGGAGAAGGACGAACUGUGACACAGAACACCAUAGAUAAUUCCUGGACACAAGAAAAAUAACAGAGUCAAGGGUAUUUCCACAGAUUAUACUGUAUAUUUAUAGUUGGGUUUUAAAGAGGAAAUACUUAACAUGAGCCCUCUCAAGAUUCAGAGCCCGGGAGUUAGAAAAGACAGAUGCAUAAGAACAGUUUAUUCAUAGGCAGCACUAACAAAUAUGAGGUGUCUGAAUAUGACUUUCAGAAUCUUAAUUAGCUGCUCAUGCAUAUUAUACUCUCCAUACUCCAUUUCAUUUUAGGCCAUUUUUAGGCAUAUGACUCCAUUACCAUAAAUUACUUUGAUGACUCCAAACAAAGUGCCUGAUGGGAAGGAUAUUGUAGUUGGAUUAAUUUCCUCUUGAUAGAAAGACACAGGAUAAUUGCUACGGCUCACAUGGCUCCUUGCAUGCUGCUGUUUAACAUUUAUCAGGCUAGUCUGCACAAAACAUAAGCCAGUGUCAUGUAAAUGUAAUGCCUAAUACAGAUGUUAACAUGUUAAUGUUUGAUGUAAGUUAUUUGCCACUUAUUUGUUAUUUUUUUAUGAAUAAAUGCAUGACUAAUUGCAUUUUAACUGACAUGAAUAAUUGCAGAUUAAUUGUCAGAGUGAUGAAGUGGAUGAAUAAUUCCCAGACAUGGCUCACUGAUAUCUCUUACACCGGAAUGUGUGACGUGCUCCACAGCCAUCUAUUAAACUGAGGGAAUGAGUCAGAAUGCAUCUAUGGAUGUUCCACGUGUAUUUUUCAAGUCAGUGGUGUUGUAAAAUAUAAACCAUUUUCAUAAAUCCACUACUGUAAAUCUCUAAGCUGAGAACCCUAAUCAAGCCUGAGAAAUGCCUAUGACCUAGAAAAACAUUCCUCAUGCAGCAUCAUGUUGUUACAAAUGAACUGUGGCCCCUCCAAAUGAUUUCUAAUAGAAGUGUCAUUCAAUUUAAUGUCGGUAAAUUGUGCUGCCAGGCAGAGUGGCAGAGAUGCACAGACUUAGAUGUACUAACCAGAAUUCAUGUGAUCCACAGCACUGUGACUGACACUGGAACUUGUGUAUAUACUGUACUUCUGCAUGUGUAUGUAUAUAUGUGGGAAUUUCAAAGAGAGCAAUGUGGACUGCUCUGUGUAUCUAAACCUAUGUUUGGUGUAUUAAAUACCAAAUAAACUGAAACAGUUAAUCUGCUUUCAUCUAAA